AUGACAAAUCUGCAUUAUGAUAAUUUGAUCUACCAUCAGAUUUCAGAGAACAUUCACUACUCAUGCUCAGGGAGAAAUCUCUCUUCUAUACCAAACCAUUUUUCUCCCAUGGUGGAGAUUCUGGAUCUCAGUUUUAAUUUCCUCAGCUUUUUGAACAAGACUACAGUCCCUCUCUUCUCUAAUCUGCAAGUCCUUGAUCUGACAAGAUGUCAUAUCCAACAUAUUGAUGACGAUGCGUUCCACAAUGUAAGGAAUCUAACAACUCUAAUUCUUACUGGAAACCCCAUCACUUAUAUGGGACCAAAUGUCUUGAAUGCACUGACCAAACUUCAAAGACUAGUUCUAGUGGACAGUGGUCUGCUCUCAUUAGAGCUUCCUAUUCAUAGUUUGACGAAUCUUCAGGAAUUGAAAGUUGGAACAAAUAACAUCAAAUCCAUGGCCAUGCCACCAUAUAUGAUCAGCUUUAAAGACUUCAGAUUACUGGACCUACAUGCCAAUAAUAUAUCAUUCAUCAAAGUUGACCACACCUCUGUGCUACGUGAAAUUGGGAGAAACCUUACACUGAUACUAUCGAGAAAUCCCAUAUUGUACAUAGAGUCAGGAGCAUUUGAAAACAUUUACCUCAGAGAGCUCAAAAUACUGGAUGCAUUUGUUUCAUUUAAUGCCACAAGGGACGGUCUCAAAACACUGGCUGGACUCAGUGUUGGCAGACUAGUGUUUGGGAACCACAGAGACACCAGAAAGAUUAGGAUACUUGACUUUUAUUAUCUAGAUGCCCUUUGCUUUAUCAAGUUCAAAGAAAUAUAUUUUCUUCAAAGACAUUUUGUGGGCCAAAGAAUACAUGUAUUCCGCUGUAUGGCUAAUGCAACUAAAAUCACAAUAAAGCGAUGUAAAAUCUGGAACAUGGAAUACAUUCCGUUCCAUCAACUUAAAGAACUUGUACUAGACUCGACUUCAUUAGAUAGCAUACCAGAUAUCCCACUUUCGCAUCAACAUACCUUGGAGAAAUUGGUAGUGACAGAUAACAGACUUGCAUCAUUUCACGGCUUUUCAGAUAUGCCUCUUCUCCAGUAUGUAGAUUUGAGUAGAAAUGAAAUGUCUAUCAUAGAAUGCUGUUCAAAAAAGUUUAGAGGCACUCCUCAGCUACGACACCUCAACUUGAGUCUGAACACAGACAUUAAACUACUGGGUGAAAAUCCAUUUUCAGGGCUUGAGACUCUUGAGGCAUUGGAUUUUCACCAUUCUCAUUUAAAUGGAAUAGGUCAAUAUUCACUGCUGAAGAACCUUCAGCAAUUGACAUAUCUAGAUAUUUCUUUUUCAGGCAUCUAUUUCACUUACUACAAAUCAUUUGAUGGUCUUGACAGUCUUAGAGUCCUCAAGAUGGCAGGGAACAAUUUGUUGGGAGAAAUACUGCAGUAUUUAUUUGCAAAUCUAACACAAUUAGAGCUUCUGGACAUCUCAAACUGUGGCACUGAGAGCAUGAUGUACAGCACUUUUAAAGAUCUCCAUCAACUGAAACAUUUAUUUCUAAGUGGAAACAAAUUAAUGACUUUGGAUUUUUCAAGUCUGAAAGCGAUAAGAAAUGUUUAUUUAGACAACAACCAAAUCGCCAGCAUUCCACUAAACGUUCUCCAAAAUCGGCCAGAAAACCUGUCAGUGUUUGAUCUAUCCAACAACCCAAUUGACUGUUCCUGCUCCCAGACAGAUUUCAUCUCAUGGAUUGUUAACCAUCAACAAAUACUGAAGCAACCUCAAAACAUAUUUUGUCACUCAUUGUCCCAGACCCCAGUCACAAGAGUGAUUGACUUUGACUUGGAAAACUGUGCAUAUAGAAAGAAAGCUGCUGUAAUAGUCGUGUCCCUGUUUGUUAUUAUUUCAUUACUGUUGGUGUCAGUGUUGACCUAUAAGUUCCAGUUCUGGAACCGGCUCAGGAGGGCUAUUUUUGCCCAAAAAUGA